AUGAUAGUGAAAGCAUAUGUUGACAAAUCAACAAAUAUUCAUGAACGUAUUCAAUCAGCAUGGUGUGUUGUAUUUGUUUGUCGAUUGUGGUUGUGUUACUUACAAAAAAUAUCAAAUUUCAAAACAUCAGCAAACGGAAAAGUUAUAAGGGAAACAAAGAAGAAUAUUAAUAGUUAUUUUAUUACAAGACCAGCAUAUUUAUCUGUUGAAUUAAAUGCUCAUAACCUCUUAUAUUUGAUUCUUUUAGCUUGCGAGUCAAUAUUUAGAGAUGCCAGAUCGUUAAGUGGUACAUUCUCGACGAAAAUUAAUUUUACAGUAAAAGACUUUUUGCGGCGCUCGCAACAACUCUCAAUAUUAAAUCAACUGAAGUAUGGUCAAUUGAACAAGAGCAUAUCAUUUCCAGUGCACCACAAACACAAACAAGAAUAUUCAUCAACAUCUUCAAAUCAAUUAGAUGACAUCGAUACUUUAGAUAUCGAACAUAUAAUAUUAGCCGCCUAUGAUCAAGCAAUAGAUGUUGUUAAACAUUCAAAAAUGUACUAUCAGUUGAAUCAACAUAAUAUUAACAAUCUUAGUGAUUUAAGUAAAUGCAUCUUCGACACGCUAAAUAACAAUUCAAGAAUGAUUAAUUAUUCAUCGCCAGCAUCACAUAACACGGCUGAUGAGUUUGGAUUAGACGAAGAAAAUGACGAUAAUGAUGAUAUGUAUUCUACACAACAUCAGUCCGUUGAUGAAGGUUUAUUGGACUACCCAAAUGAUCCUACUAGUGAUGAUGAAGAUAUGUUAAGCACAGAAAAGUCGCAUUUUAAUGGAAUACGAUUAGUUGAUCAUAUAAAUCCAGCUUUAAGGCAAUCUUAUUUUAAGAUGAAAAUAAAUGGACAUAUCAAAUAUCUCCACAAGCAGUCAGCUUGUUAUCGAACAACACAGUGA